CCAUGGUUGGUAUAUUUUCAAGAUUCUCUGUUGGUAGAAGCAGUCAUCGACGAACACAAAGUGCAAUCGAUGAUAAGGAAGUAUUAGCUCCAAAUUCUGAAGUUGUUGCAGCAACUACCACAACUGCAACAACUGCUACUCAUGGGAUUGAAGUAGCUACAGAGUUUAAACCUGUUGAACAUCCGGUAGAGCCUUUGGAUAACGAUCUACCCAUUCAGUGUCCAUUGCCUGAACCAUCCAUUCUAAAUGAUGGGAGAAUCUGGAAGGAGAGAGUAUCCGCGUCUAUGAUGAGAAAAGGUGAUUUGCAGAUUGUGAAAGAUGAGGCUGCUUCUGAAUCUGAUGGAUCCGCACCAAAACCGCCUCGCCCGCCUCAGCAAAACCGUUCCAUCUUGCCAUCACUCAGUGCCCCUGAACACAACUUGCUAAAUCUGUUAGAAGAAUGCAAUGCCAUGCCGCCGGUAACAUCUAAGAAUGGAUGAAUAGAAAGUUCCUUAAACUCAAAUAGUUCAUAAUAUAUUAUUAUCACACCGAUACAAACUUGUUCCUCAAACCCCCUCUUGAAUCUCUAUUGUAUCGUUCUUUACGAUUUUAUUUAUGUGUGUGACAAUACAAAACCAAAUCAUAGUGUAUGUUAUAUAUAAUAUAUAGUUAAAGGUUCAAUAAGCUUAUGCUCUAUAUCAGGAUUGAUUUGCCCUUCA